CGACCACCCAUCUGACUAUACAUAGUGGCGCCUCCAUCCCUUUUUUGCUUCGGGUUCAAUCAGCUGGUGUGGUCACGCAGAACAAUCGAUUGCCAAUCAUUAUCUAUCAGUACAUCAAUCAGGUUAUUCUGGUGUUUUAAAGUCUUAUUUCUACAUUCCCUUGGGCUACAACAACCCUGGGCUAGUAUCACCUAUCUAAUAUUUUAUCAUACCCGAGAUAUUCCAGUGCAGGUCACCUGACAAACGCUUUGAACCAGCUUGAUCCUUCUAGUGCUGGCAAGCAUCCUACCAAUCAGCACUGAGAGUGUCCCUUUUCGAUCUCUGAAACCCGUCUGAUGGACUGGGUAUCUUGCUAGACACACUUUCAAACGCAUAUAUACCCUUCAAAGCCGCAGUGAGAAGCUAUAAAAAAAGAGCCACCAAGAUCUUCUGCAACCGAGUAUUUAAAUACACACUGACCAAUCCUCGGUUCACCCCCACACGAAGAAUAAAAUGUUUUCUCAACAACCAUCCCACCUCUUCCUAUACUACCUACUGGCCUUAGCAUCAGAUAUAGCUCCUCUAUCGGCUUCUUCUUCUUCAACGCCACGAACGUGUACCAAUGUUUACCAGCCUAUUAGCACGAGUGGUGAUCAAACAGCAAAUCAAAUGACCUGUCGGGGUACUGGAAACCCACAAAGAUCUUUCAUCUGUGAUCAGAAGUCAUGCGAAGGCUCAACAACAUGCCAGACUUGCGUAGCACAAUUGACAAAUGUCUCCGUGAACUCGAUCGAAUGCGCAAAAUAUUACGUGGAUGACAACCGAACAAAUUGCUGGACAUCGGCUGACGAGCAGUUUACCUGCUAUGGCAAGUGCACCGGGGCCGCUGUUUGCUCGGAUUGCAACCUAGAUGAACAAACCCCUUCGAUUUCCAACUGUUCGGGUGACAGCCCAUCAAAACACGGCACCAAAGCCUCGCAUGCUUCCGCCGCCAGUGCAAGCAAUGCAGGCGUAACAACCUGGCUUGCCUGGGAUUGAUCAUUCUUGACUUAUCGUGCUCGAUGAUCAUUCAUCUCUUGGGCCCCUGGGUCAUCGAUUAUCGCAUUUUGUAAACUAAUGUAUACCGUCUGACUUUUUUAAUGAUCAGCGCUGUUGUAAUUUCAUCAUUCCAUCCUUGGCUCUCUUUCUUUCUUUCUUUCUUCAUUCUUACCUUCCUCGUCUCAUCACUUCUUCAUUUGCUUUAUUCCAUUGUUUCUCACUUCAUUUUAUUAAUUUAGCUCAUGCAUUCACUCGCACAUUUCUUCUGUCACUCUUGAUCAAUCGGACCUGAUUUUUGGC